GCCGUACGCAGACUGCAGCCCUUGUGCCUUCAUUUCCAGUGUUCCUUGGCACUUCCGUCAGUGCAUUUGGGUCGCGAUUGGUGGAAUAUAGGGCCGGCCAAGUUGAGUUUGUGAUUCGUAUAGGAUUUUUUUUUAACGGGGAUAAUAUAUACACAAAUAUGGCAGAAAGCAAAGGUGCGUUAAUAGCGAAAACAGUGCAAAAACACGCUGGAAGAGCUAAAGAGAAGUUUCUUCAAAAUUUGGGAAAAGUCGACCGGACUGCGGAUGAUAUUUUUGACGAACAUCUUCAAAACUUCACGAGGCAGCAAUGUGCGGCCAACAGACUUCAAAAAGAGUUCAAUAAUUACAUCAGGUGUAUCCGAGCGGUGCAGGCGGCUUCGAAAACGCUUAUGGAUUCCCUGAAUGAAAUCUACGAGAGUCAGUGGACCGGACACGACCUCCUCUACGUUCAGGCACAGAACAUGGACAUGCUGUGGCAAGAUUUCACUCAUAAAUUGGCCGAUCAAGUUCUUGUACCCCUCAACACAUACCAAAGCCAGUUCCCUGAGAUGAGGAAAAAAAUCGACAAGAGGGGACGCAAAUUGGUGGACUACGAUGGGCAGAGACACAGCUUCCAGUCGUUACAGGGAAAUCCGAAGAAACGAGAUGAGUUGAAAGUCACCAGAGGAAAAGAACAAUUGGAUGAAGCGAAGCGCACCUAUGAACAGCUCAACUCAGAACUGCACGACGAAUUGCCUGCGCUCUAUGAUUCUCGUGUUCUCUUCUUGGUGACUAAUCUACAAACUCUGUUCGCUGCCGAGCAAGUCUUUCACGCCGAGACAGCCAAGGUUUAUUCUGAGCUAGAAGCAAUAGUAGACAAAUUAGCGAACGAGAGUCAGAGGGGGUCUUAUACAUUGAAGAAGAAUUCGGAGCCUCAGUCACCAAAAUCGCCAAACGCUAACUCGAGCCUAAUAAUUAACACGCAACCAGCGCAGAACAACAUAUCAGCAGUUUUGGGUGAGACGACUGUAGCGGCUGGAGAUACUUCACCUACCACUCAAAUAAACGGCAAUGCUAACAGCAAUGCUAACUCUUUAAAUAACAAAGAUGGUCCUCCCGAAAGCCCGCCAGUCAAGUCUUCGCAACCAGUUGAGGAAUUGUAUGAUAUCCCAAUUGACGUGGAAUAUCAAAAUGGUACCAAUUUAUCUAUAGGGGCCACUACAGACAACUUGCCACCAGGAGUUUUGUACAGGGUGAAAGCUACUUACAAGUACGUCCGCGAGGAUGUGGAUGAGCUGUCAUUUGACGUUGGGGAGAUCAUUCAUGUAAUUGAGUAUGAAGAUCCAGAGGAACAGGAAGAAGGGUGGUUGAUGGGCGUCAAAGAAGGAGGUACCGAGAGGGGUAUGUUCCCGGCAAACUUCACAAAACCCCUGUGAAGACCAUGAAACUUGCCACUACCAUUACAACGCUAUUGAAAACAGCCAAUUCUACUGUAAACUAGUUAAAAAAAAGUGUAACAGAAAAAGUGAGAGUCAUGUAGUCAACGGAAAAUGUGUAAUUCGAAAUUUGCGCCGAGUCAAAUAGAGGUGAGAAAUAAGAAAUAUCGACGUGGUAAUGCUGGCAGGCGCUGCGGAAUAUUAAUCGAUCCAAAGUGCCUUAACCCAGCGACUGUCUGUGCCAACCAACAUUCACUACUUGUAGCUACGCGAGACUAAGUGUCUGGCAUUCGAUUAAUGUUUUUCAAAUCUGACCACUGAACGCUACCACUAAUAAUCAAAUGAGAUAUUUAAUUAAUUGAAUAAUAUAUUAUAAUACAUUUCACGCAAUAUUAUAAUAUAAACAAAUCUAUGUUCAUUAAAUUAAUAUUAUUUUAUUCAAAUGUAAAUAGAAGUAUAAAUUGUAAGGCUAUCGUACGAACCAACUUUUUGGCCCCGGACAAGUGAUCCGUGGAUAUGACGAUGUAAUUAUAAAUUGUAUAGAAUCUUCUAACGAAUCUCUCUGCCAGGAGUUGAUUAUGCCAAAAUUUAAUGGCCCAAUCACAUUUCAGCAAUCAUGAAGAGUAACAUUAUAUUAUAUCACAUUUUUACCCAUUUGAUAUGAACAAUUAGAUCCCAUUAGAGACACCACGUUUAUUCAUCUUUUGAAUCAAGUAUUUGCAUUGGACGGUCCGAAGCAAUUCUUCCAUUACCAUCUUGUUCGUUGUGGUUUCUGGAACACGUACUCAUUUCUAUUUCGGCAUUUUACGUGUAUCUAGUAUGUAAUCGUAAAUUGCCAGUCGGUUAACAAAGCAUUUUUAUGUCCUUCCAAUGGGAUCUAUUUAGUAUCUGUAUACUACCUAUAUUUUGAUUAGUAUUUUAUUAUAAACUAUACAUUAUGAUAAUAUCUAUUUAUAUACAUUUUAGCAGAAAUAAUUGAAUGCCUAUAGCCCAAUUAUUUCUGCCGGUAGAGUUAUUCACAUAGCCGAUAGAACAAAUGAUAAUAAUGGUCCAACUUUGAAAUUUUUCUAUAGCGUCAGUGAAUACUCAUCAAGAUUGAUCUGUCGAAUCAACGUCGCACCAAGAUCUGUGUAACGAAUAAUGAAAAAAUAGUAAUACACAUACAUAUAGAAUAAUGUUAGGAUAUAUCACAUAUACAAACUUAUAUAUCAGCUUCUGCAUUGAUGCGUGUCUUCUUUUAUCUCGAUCCGCAAAAACUGAAAAUAUAAGGAAGUUGGAUUGUUCUUUUAUAAAUUAAAAAUGUUUACAGUUAUAGGAUUGAUCCAUUGUGACACAGGCCUUCAGAAUUGUACGUUGUAUCUAUAGGUCCUAUAGUUUCAAACGUUCAAUUUACAAUGGUGCUCAAUCAGAUGCAGGCACAUCAGUCAAUAUCUCGAUGUUUCUAGAGUCCGAUGAAAAAACUCUCAAGUUCCCUCAAUGAUAUUUAAUUGGACGUAAAUUAGAAAUGGAAUAGAAUAUCUCGGGUGAAACAAGAUCUUGUAUACUGUUUAAGUUAAGCUUAAUCGCAAAGGCAACAACAUUCCAAAUUCACUGUAUUUAAAAAUCGAGGGAUCCCAUACAAUUCAUUACUGCUAAUCAAGAAUUGUGACUAACUUUGGUGAAGAAUCUUGUCUGUCUUUCUAUAUGAUCUUUGCAGAACAUUCUUAACUAGGAAAUCUCAUGCCAAAUCUCAAUGUUGAUCUGAUAGCCAAUAUAAUACACAGUAAUUGCAUACUCUGUCCACCUUUGCAUUUAAUAGUAUUUAUAAAGUCUUUCUAUUGAAAUAACAAAGUAACAAAUAUGUUGACUGAUGUGUCUAGUUGUUAAGUUAAAGCGAGAUAGAUGUGUUGGAAUACAUAAAUUGAGUAUCAAAUGAUUUACCAUGAGUGUCUAGUGUAGCAAUGGAACAACCCAUUGUUAUGUCAUUUGUCAUUUUUAUGUCAUGUUGUUUAAUUUUACUGAAGCCAUAAGUCAUAUCUUCAUAACCUUAUGAUAAAAUAACAUUACAAUAAUAAUUACUGCGUGGUUAUGAUCUAA